AUGAGGGUGGCAGCAGCAGCAGCAGGAGAUGCAGCAGCAGCAGCAGCAGGAGAUGCAGCAGCAGCAGGAGAUGCAGCAGCAGCAGGAGAUGCAGGAGAUGCAGCAGAUGCAGCAGCUGCAGCAGCUGCAGCAGCAGCAGCAGGAGAUGCAGCAGCAGCAGGAGCAGCAGCAGGAGAUGCAGCAGCAGCAGCAGCAGCAGAGGGAAGGAUACACACGGAAAUAACGAGGGCAGCAGCAGCAGGAGGAGAUGCAGCAGCAGCAGCAGGAGAUGCAGCAGCAGCAGCAGCAGGAGGAGAUGCGGCAGCAGCAGCAGCAGCAGGAGAUGCAGCAGAUGCAGCAGCAGCAGAAAGUGCAGCAGCUGCAGCAGGAGAUGCAGCAGCAGCAGCAGCAGCAGCAGGAGAUGCAGCAGCAGCAGCAGCAGCAGACGGAAGGAUACACACGGAAAUAACGAGGGCUGCAGCAGCGGCAGCAGCAGCGGCAGCAGCAGCGGCAGCAGCAGCAACAGCGGCAGCAGCAACAGCAGCAGCAGCAGCAGCAGAUGUACAGAGACUCUCCCAGUAG